UAUAAACUGAAUACGCUCCCCAAUAACCAUCAUUCUACAUCCUACAAUCUCACCAACACACAAUGGCAUUCAAGUUUGUCGUCCUCGCCUGCUUGGUCGCGGCUACCAGCGCUGGUUUAUUACCAGCUGCACCCAUCGCCUACGCCGCCGCCCCAGCUUACCACUCGGCGCCUGUAUAUCACGCCGCCCCCGUUGCCAAAUAUGCCGUUGCUCCCGUCGCCAGAGUUGAAGAAUACGACGCCCAUCCCCAAUACAGCUUCGCGUACGACGUUCAAGACGGUUUGACCGGAGACUCCAAGAGCCAGCACGAAACCCGUGACGGAGAUGUUGUCCAAGGCUCUUACUCCGUUGUCGACCCCGAUGGCACCAAGCGUACCGUUGAUUACACUGCUGACCCCCACAACGGUUUCAACGCUGUCGUGCACAGGGAAGCUCUUGCCGUCAAAGCUGUCGCACCAGUUGUCGCCAAGGUAGCCGCCCCAGUUGCCUAUGCCCGCCCAGUCGUCCACGCCGCCCCAGUCGCCUACUCCGCGCCCGUAGUUCACGCUGCACCAGUUUCUUACUCCGCCCCAGCAUACUACCACCAUUAAAUACCUAGGUACCUACCAAAUAGUAGAGUUAAGUGCUACUAAUUGCAAUGAGAUCUGUUAUGAUAAGAUACGUUAAUUAAAUUAUUUUUCUAUCUUUUUAAAAA